AUCCACAGUCAGCAAUGCACAAUAUCUGGGAUUGAUGAUGCAAAGAGGCCAAUAGAAGUGUGGGCCCUGUGCCGUGGAUUGUUAUUUGGUGAGUGGAUGUUAUUGGGGGGAAAGGAGCUCAGCCAAUGAGCGAGCUGAACCGGGGCCACAUGACCACCCCCCCUCCUCUCCCAUUCAUCAGGGCUGGACUGUGUUGUCUUUUCAAUUCAUUUAUCUGCAGGAAUGAUUGCGACUAUCAGUCUAGAGCUCACCGCCUGACUGAGGAGGUGAAAGUCGCGCCACAGGAAGAUAAACCGCAAAAGACAAUAGUGCAUGUAUACAUGUUUCUGCAUCGGAUUAGCCGUAUAGGGGAAUUCCUCGCGUCUUAGAAAGUAAACAGAGAAUCUGUGGAUUUCAGAGUUUGCUCAGUCGAGAGAGCUCCAAGAGACAGAGAGAAGAGGGGGAGGAAGAAUAUCUGUGCGUGAUUUUUUGAUUUCUGCUCUCAGUCGUCUCGGCUCGUGUAGACUGAAGAUGCUCCUGGACGCGGGACCGCAGUACCCCACCAUAGGAGUCACUACUUUCGGCUCCUCUCGGCAUCACUCAACAGGCGAAGUCACGGAGAGAGAAGUGGCGUUGGGGAUCAAUCCCUUCGCGGAUGGGAUGGGCGCCUUCAAAAUCAACCACAGCUCCCACGAUAUUGGCUCCGGACAGACGGCGUUCUCCUCCCAGGCUCCCGGGUACGCAGCCACCGCGCUGGGACACCACCACCACCCGAGCCACUCUUAUUCCACCUUCAACUCCACCAGGGACUUUCUGUUCAGAAAUCGGGGUUUCGGGGAUGCCACCGGCGCGCAGCACAGUUUGUUCGCCUCCGGAAGUUUCGCAGGGCCACAUGGACACUCGGAUGCGGCGGGGCACCUGCUCUUCCAGGGGCUCCACGAGCAGAACCACGCGCCCUCUAACGUGGUUAACAGCCAGAUGCGGCUGGGCUUCACUGGGGACAUGUAUGGACGUGCAGACCAGUAUGGCCACGUUACGAGCCCCAGGUCCGACCAUUACGCAUCAUCCCAGCUGCACGGCUACGGCCCCAUGAACAUGAAUAUGGCCGCGCACCACGGGGCAGGGGCCUUCUUCCGAUACAUGAGGCAGCCCAUCAAACAGGAGCUCAUCUGCAAGUGGAUCGAGCCGGAGCAGCUGACGAACCCCAAAAAGUCGUGCAACAAAACUUUUAGCACCAUGCACGAGCUGGUGACCCAUCUGACGGUGGAGCAUGUGGGGGGGCCCGAGCAGACCAACCACAUCUGCUUCUGGGAGGAAUGCGUCCGAGAAGGGAAGCCAUUCAAAGCCAAAUACAAACUUGUGAAUCAUAUCAGAGUACACACCGGAGAGAAGCCGUUUCCCUGUCCGUUCCCCGGCUGUGGGAAAGUGUUCGCCCGGUCGGAAAACCUAAAAAUCCACAAAAGGACUCACACCGGUGAGAAGCCAUUUAAGUGUGAGUUUGAAGGCUGCGACAGGAGGUUUGCAAACAGCAGUGACCGCAAGAAACACAUGCACGUGCACACGUCGGACAAACCGUAUCUGUGCAAAAUGUGCGACAAGUCCUACACACACCCCAGCUCCCUGCGGAAACACAUGAAGAAGGUCCACGAAUCCAGCAAUCCAGCGCCGCAGCCCUCUCCUGCAGCCAGUUCAGGGUACGAGUCGUCCACACCCCCUACUAUAGUGUCCCCGUCCACAGAGAACCAGAACAGCUCCAUAUCACCAGCAGCCUCAGCAGUCCACCACACAACCAGCCACAGCACGCUGUCGUCAAAUUUCAAUGAAUGGUACGUGUAAAUAUUUUUGCAACGAAAAAAAAGACGCAAGAAAGACUGCAGAAUAAAAAAAACACUUGGAUUCAAAGACUUUAUAAAAGUGGACUGAGAAAACACGGGAGGAUCAUUUAAAGACAGAAAUGCAUGGACUAAAAGGAAGCGAGGAGCACCCACUUUAACCCCCCCCCCCUUCAGUAUUCCCUUAUUUUUUACUGAGGGACUGCUCAGAAAAAGCAUGCUAUCUCCGGGUAGAGGCCUGCAUUUUUUUUGUACAUAAGGAUUUCACCACGUUGGGAAUUUAAAAAAUGUAAUAUUUUAUUUUGUAAAUAUCACAGUUUAAGGGAAUUUGUGAAAAAUGUUGGUCCCUAGAUAUAUGGAGAUGGUUUUAAGAAUAUUGCGAUGAAUAGACUUCAUUAAAAAGAAUGUUAUAGUUGUGAACCAAAUGUGAAUUAUUCCGUAUUACUACAGUCUACACGUCGACCUAAGCGACUCUUAGUAUUAAUGUGCUUUUGUAGCCUACCAGUGCAACAUUUUUCGUCCAAGGUCCAGUUUGAGUAGCACAGUAUCAUUGUUGUUAUUUAAUGUCAUGUCGAUAAAUCGUGUAGUGAAAGCCUGAAAUUCCGUGUCAACCUGUUUAUGUACGUGAUAAAUAUAAAAUCUCUGUCAAUUGCUUUGUCUGAAAGGAAGUAUUAUUACAUGUAAGUAGCUCAAUUUUCCAUAUUUAUCCGCAUGUAAAGGACCGUGUUAGAAAUGAUCGGUAUUUAUGGAGAAAUGCGCUCGUAUGUAAAAUUUAGUUUACAAAAAAAUGUUUGGAUACAUUUCGUACUAUAUUAAAGGAUUACAAAAUACCAUAA